AUGGUUGCCGAACUACUACUUGCCGUCGCAGGUGUCAUCGAUGGUUGCAUUAAACUCGCGAAUAAAGUCAUCACUACUUAUCAGUCGUAUCGUGGUGCAGAUGAACUCAUCAAUGAGAGACUGGUUCUGGUGCAAGCCCUUUGGACGAAACUUGAAAUCCAGCUCAAUUUCCUCAAAAAGAUCUCAUCACAGCUCGACGAGGAGCUGGCACAAAGCCACUUAGACCUCCUCGAGAUCCUCAACGGCAAGCUGCUUCAGGCUGUUGCCCGACUCAACGUCUCAACAUCUUCCGCCUCCGACGACUCGACUCUUAAGCAGAAGACCUCCGAAGUUUGGAGGAAAUGGCGCUUCUCAUUGGCGAAGAAAGGCCUCGACGAAUUGGUGACCGAAUUGGAGGCAUGGAGAAGCCGUUUUGAUCCGACAUGGUAUCUCAUCAUUCUGAUGAGUAGCACCACCUUAGACACGGCGCUUAAAGAGACAGAUACGAAGUCUACCGAUUCGACGUCUGUUUGCUCAAGCCCUAGCCCUCUAGACAGCAUGCUCGCACUUCGACACGCAAUCAGCCCUCCUAAAACACCAUUCUCUGGUGGAUCGCAGCCAAAGACAAGCUUGAACCUUGAUGCGGCUGGUCUCCGCGGCGCAACAGAAACACCAAUACCCUUCUCCUCGGCUCGAUCCAUCGUCAGAGAAGGCUCAAACAGCCUUCUCAUUGCCGAGUCUGUCAAUGCGCCUCCAGGAACAAUCUCACAGGUAAAAGUGGACGUUGAAAAUCUUGCCCGGCGCCUCCAGCAGGUUGACCCCCAAACUUUCGGUCUUCUUCGCUGCUACGGUCUACUCAAGCAUCAAGAUCCCGCCACAAAGGGCCUCAAGUACAUCGAAGUCGUCUAUCGUGCACCGCAGGAUGCCAACCCUCCCAUGACCCUCCGCCAGCUUCUUCUCCGGCACCACCCUGUCAGCGCGUCAGCUAUUGUGCGAACAGCGAAGCAGCUUGUAUACUCCAUUAGCUACAUACAUACUUGUGACUUCGUACACAAGAACAUUCGGCCCGACAAUAUUCUAGUCUUUUCCGAUGCCAAUUCAUCUCUGGGGACAAGCUAUCUUCUUGGCUUCAACCAGUUUCGUAGCACCCACUUUCAGACAAACCUGCUCGGCGACGCAGCGUGGCAUAGAAACUUAUACCGUCAUCCGGAACGGCAGGGAAACUUGGUCCAAGAGCGACCCGGAGAAUGA